AGGUGGAGGGGCUAGGAAACUCUCGCCUCAAAGCUCUCUGAAUGAUGCGAUUGACCCCGCCGACUGUUUCAUAACUAGUCUUCAUUGUGUGGUUUGUUGUGCAAAGGAAGAAUCCACGACCGAAAGAGCUUGCCUCGCGGGUUGAGACGUGGUCACGGGACACUUCCACGUUGUCGAUGUGGCAUUUUCGAUGUCCACGACGGCCAGUAAUAAGCUAUUGGCUGUGAAUGCUUGCUGCCGCAGCCCUGCUCAAGUAUUUGCAGCAUUGCAGUCUUCACCCGUGGGGCCUUCUGUUAUUUAUGCACUGCUCUGCCAAAAUCGGGCUGAUGAGCACCGGCAACAGCAGCUCUUGAGAAGAGUGGAUUCUCCUCUGACUCCGUUCGUUUGCUUCGCGAAGCCCCGCGAUCGCGGGAUGACAACGCAAUGCUGCUCAGACCCACUCCGUCCCAAGGAUCUGAAGCUCUUGCAGCUCUGAACUCCACUGCUCUUUCGAAGCCAAAGCAGUCGCCAUGUGGCUGUCAAUGACUGCUGUCAGACGGUUUUUGUUCAGCCAAAUUCU